AUGAAGAUGUAUUACCUUAAAAUGUUAUUGUUUAACUUUUUAAUAAAUGUUUUAGUAUUACCACAUUAUGAAAAUUAUCAAAAUAACCAUUAUAACAUAAGGCUCAUACCAAAUAACACAUACAGAAUAACGAUAAAAUCAAGACUCUUAGCACAAACCCAAAUCCAUAAUCCACAUUAUCAUAAUGAUCCAGAACUCAAAGAAAUAAUUGAUAAAUUGAACGAAGACGCAAUAAAGAAAUACCAACAAACUCAUGAUCCAUAUGAACAAUUACAAGAAGUAGUAGAAAAAAAUGGAACAAAAUAUAAAGGUGGUAAUGAUGCAGAACCUAUGUCAACGCUAGAAAAAGAAUUAUUGCAAACAUAUGAAGAAGUGUUUGGUAACGAAAGUGAUAUGUUGAAGUCGGGAAUGAAUACAAAUGUUGAUGAAAAAUCUUCAACAUGUGGAUGUACUGAUAUUAAUGGUGUGAAAUUAGCAAAAACAAAAGGAAGAGAUAAGUAUUUAAAACACUUAAAACAUAGAUGUACCCGUGGUAUAUGUUUUUGCUCAGUUGGUAGUGCAUUGUUAACUAUGUUCGGUUUGGCAGUUGCAAAAAAAGCUGCCGUUGAUGCCAUCCUUCCUGUAUAUGUAGCAGCGAUUAAAAAGUGUGUAUCCUCCAGUUCAUUAUUUCAUAUAUUUCAUGGUGGUUCAUUAACUACAGCUCUUAAAGCAACCGAAGCGUGUGCAAGUGUUGCAGGUCCAGAUAUAGUCAUACCUGCUACAGGUGCUGCUAUAGGUGCAUUUCCCCCUUAUGGUAUUGCAGCUUUAGUACUACUUAUAUUAGCUGUUCUACUUAUAAUAUUAUACAUAUGGUUAUAUAGAAGAAGAAAAAAUUCAUGGAAACAUGAAUGCAAGAAACAUUUAUGUAAGUAA